AUGUCAUCAGACGGGGACAUGGCCGGGGCGUUUAAUGGAUUCGGAGCGACACAGUCAAACGGCUCUUUCGCCGCAUCUACAGCGCAUCGAGAUGUAGUCUCUUCAAUUUCCGCCAACGGCAACCGUAAGGCGAAUGUUGUGACGAACGGAUCGUCGAAUGGCGAGAAACGAUUGGCUUCGCACCCUCUUACAUAUUUCGGACACAAUCGAGAGGAAGUCACGCGGAUAUUGAUUCAGGCUCUGACAGACAUGGGCUAUCAGGCGGCAGCCGACAGUGUUGGGCAAGAGAGCGGCUACAGCUUAGAGAAUCCUACCGUCGCGGCGUUUCGGUCGGCUGUGCUUGCUGGCUCCUGGGCAGAGGCCGAGGACCUAUUAAACGGUGCAACAGCGCCAGAUGAAGAAGGCGAGGGAGGAAACGGCCUUGUUCUCACAGCUGGCUCAGACAAGGAUAUAAUGAGAUUCUGGUUACGGCAGCAGAAGUUCCUAGAGCUACUCGAGCGUGGAGAAACAUCCCGCGCCUUGACAAUACUUCGCAUGGACUUGACGCCCCUCUAUCAAGAUCCGGCCAAGCUUCGACUCCUAUCAAGUUUGCUGAUGUGCAGUUCUCCGGAAGAGGUUAUGCAAAAGGCCAACUGGGAUGGCGCCAAUGGGCAGUCUCGAAGAAAACUGCUAUCAGAACUAUCUAAACGCAUAUCACCGUCGGUUAUGCUUCCAGAGAAUCGCCUAGCUGUGCUUCUUCAGCACGUCAAGCAAAGCCAGAUCGAUACGUGCCUCUACCACACCGCAGCAUCGUCUCCUUCAUUGUAUGCCGACCAUCUUUGUGACCGACGGAAUUUUCCUUCAGAGGUAGCGCUCGAACUGGGCGACUUUGGAGGCGAAAUUUGGUCCGUCCGAUUUUCUCACGACGGUACUCGCUUAGCUGCCUGUGGUAGCCGAGAGCACGUCAAGAUAUGGGAUACACACACAUUCUCCAUCGUUAGUGUUCUCACAACUGGUGAACAUACAGACGAUAGAAGUAAAGGCAUUUGUGACAUCUCUUGGAGUCCCGACGACUCCAUGAUUAUGGUCUGCUCUUUUGAUAAACAUGCUCGACUGUGGGACCCAAAUACUAGCACCCUCAUCAAAGAUUUCAAAAAGUUUGAUGAGCCGGUAAGCGGCUGUGUGUGGGCGCCAGACGGGAGAUCAUUUGUCUUGGGUACCUUGGAUAAAUUUCACGGCCUGUGUACCUUCAACGUAUACGACGAUGAGAUGAUCGAAUGGGACAAAAAGCAUAGGGUACAGGACCUUUGUGGAUCUCCCGAUGGGCGCUUGUUGGUGGUGGUAGAUGACUUACAGCACAUACACGUCUACGAUGCCAUUACGCGGGAGCUAGAGUACGAUUUAGAACUAAAGGCCAGGCCAACGUCGGUCAGCAUCAGUCAAGAUUCUCGGCAUCUGUUGGUCAAUAAGAAGGAUGGCGAGGCUCAACUCAUCGAUCUCACUACUAGGAACUCUGUUCAGAAGUUUUUGGGGCACACGGGGGGCGAUUAUCUUAUCCGAGCUGCAUUUGGCGGCGCAAGCGAGAGCUUUGUUAUGAGUGGAAGCGAAGACGGAAACAUUCUCAUCUGGCACAAGAACAUCGGCGCCGCCGUCGAGAGGCUGCCCGGCCACCAGCCGCGGUGCAAUGCGGUGGUUUGGAAUCCCACGGAUCCGUGCAUGCUAGCAUCGUGUGGAGAUGACGGCCGCAUCAAAAUCUGGACCAACAAAGCGCGGAGCGUGGAGCUUCGGGCAAGGCAUCCUAGGGGAGGCUCUAACGGAUGGAGGAAUGCGAUUGACGAGUCGUAG